AUGUUUGGUGGAUUCAUCCAGUUUCAAACCAAAUAUGUGACGGACGAGGCGAGCAUGCAAGAGAUGUUUUCAAUGUAUAUUGAAAACCGGGCUCAGAUCGCGUUCAUCGAGUUGUAUGUUGAGUUUGAACAAUCUGAUGCUGACCGGAAUAUUGUAAGGGAAGAUUAUAAUAGUGACAGUGAAGAAGAGUUCGAAAGUAACUACGAGUUUGUUGGUCCAGAUGGAGAUGAAGAUCAAGGUGAUGGAAAUACGGCUCCAGAUGUGACAGAGGUGGCAAAUGCACUUGCAAACGAACAUAGAACCGGCGGUCGAGCAGUUCAGGUGACUGAGUCACUGGUUCAACCGCUGUAUAAGUACUUAUUAGAGGUUCCUAUGGUCGCAGAUGGUGAGUUUGUCGUGGGUAUGGAGUUCAGUUCCAGGGAAGCUGUUAUUAAGGCGAUAAAGGAUUACACCAUACGACGAAGCGUUGACUACCGGGUGUAUGAGUCUGAGCCAUUGACAUUUUAUGCGAAAUGUACACAGUAUGGGUCCGGCUGUGAUUGGCUUAUCAGGGUUAGCAUGAUCAGCAGGAAGUACUGUUGGGUUAUAAGGAGGUAUAAUGGUAGUCACACCUGUACCAGAGCCACCAUUUCACAGGAUCAUUCGAAACUGGAUUCUAUCACAAUUGCGGAGGUGAUAAAGCCUUUGGUUGAGGCUGACCCCUCCUUGAAGGUAAAGUCGGUUAUAGCAGAAGUGCAAUCGAAGUUCAACUACACCGUCAGUUACCGGAAAGCAUGGUUGGCUAAGCAAAAGGCAGUUGAAAAAAUAUUUGGUGGUUGGGAGGCAUCUUUUGAAGCGUUGCCUAUAUGGUUCCAGGCCAUGUGUCAUAAGGAGCCAUCAGUUGUUGUCCAUUUUGAGACAAUGCCUGCAUAUCAAGGCGAUGAGGUGGUGCGUGAUAUUCAAGUACUGCAUCGAGUAUUUUGGAGUUAUUACCCCUGUAUUAGGGCAUUCAGACAUUGUAAGCCAAUUGUCCAGGUGGAUGGGACUCACUUGUAUGGAAAGUAUAAGGGUUGUCUACUGGUGGCAGUUUCACAAGAUGGCAACAACAACAUCGUCCCAAUUGCGUUCGCUAUUGUGGAGGGAGAGACUUCUGAUGCUUGGCACUUCUUCCUUAGUAACCUUCGUCAACAUGUUGUCACUCGGGAUGGUGUGGGUCUAAUAUCCGACCGACACGAAUCUAUCAAUGCAGCAGUGGAACGCAGUAACGGAGCUUGGUCACCUCCUAGAGCUUUUCAUAUGUUCUGCAUCAGGCAUAUAGAGUCGAAUUUUCUGCGUAAAUUCAAGGCACCGUACCUCCAAAAAUUGGUCGUCAACAUUGGAUAUUCGAGGACGGUGCGAGAGUACGAAGUGCGUUACCAGCGAUUAUGGGAACGGGGGGAAGCGUAUACAAACUGGUUAAACCGAAUUCCUCGCGAACAGUAUGCAUUGGCAUUUGAUGGUGGAUACCGAUGGGGUCACAUGACAACGAAUCUAGUGGAAUGCAUCAAUUCAGUGUUGAAGGGUGCACGCAAUCUUCCUGUUACUGCUCUUGUCAAGGCAACAUUCUACAGGCUAAACGAGCUGUUCACCAGAAAGAGAGCGGAGGCAGAAGCGCGGAUUAAUGCUGGCCAUGUGUUCUCCGAUGUCGUGACCUCCAAGUUGCAUGCAAACCAAAUUUCUUCAGGAAAUAUUCAGGUCAGUUGCUUUGACCGGCAGAAUGAGGUCUUUGAGGUGCGUGAGAUGCCAAGCGGACUAGAGUUUGCAGUCGAUCUACGUGGCCUACGAUGUGACUGCGGUGAGUUCCAGGUGGACCGGAUCCCCUGCAGACAUGUGUUCGCAUGUUGCGCCAAUCAGCGACUGGAUUGGAAACUGUAUAUGCAUGAUGUGUAUAAGAUGGAGCAAAUUCGGCGGGUGUAUCGAGCAAGAUUUAGGCCGCUAGGUAACCCGACGACAUGGCCUGCGUACCACGGUCCUCGCUUCGUACCGAAUCCAUAUCUGAGACACGUCUCGAAAGGUCGGCCCAGGAUGACGUGCUUCUUGAAUGAGAUGGACACGCGAAUGUUACGUCGUCCUAGGCGAUGUACGCUAUGUGGAGCUGAGGGACAUAGUCGUAGCAGAUGCCGUCGGUCAGCUGGUACAAAUGCCGACGGAGAUGCUCAGUAG